AUGUCCCUUGCUAGAACAAGUUAGAGUUUAAAGCAUAAAAUGAAGAGUGAGAGUCAAUGUUAAUAACAAAUUAAAACAUUAAUUUAGAAUGUAAAUAAUCCACCUUAAAAUUUAACAUAAUAAUGGAUAAGAGAAAAGGAAAAUGAAUAAAAAUAGUUGUAUGAAGAAGUAAAAUAAAGUGAAUUUGGAGGAAGAACCUCAACUCUUACAUAAUUAACAUAACUAGCAAAAAAAAUUGGAAAAAUGAAGAAAAAAUUAAAUAGCGUUGCGGAUGAUCGAAUGAAAAGUCCAGCUUCUGAUAAAAAGAGUAGAAAAUCAACUAAAUCAGGCAAAUCUGUGAAUAGUUAAAGCAGAAGGACUUUAGGCAAAUAAACCUAAUCAAGGGUGUAAAUGAAAAGUUUAGAAUAGAGCAGAAGUAAAUCAUCAAAAAAGAGCGCAAAAGGAUAAAAAUCAUUAAAAACACAACAAACUCCACAAUUUACAAAAAAGUCAAUAGAAAAUAAAUUAAGUAACUUUUAGAAAGUUGUGUAAUAAUAAAAAGAAAACUAAAGAUCAAAUGUAAGAAUAACAGAAUCAAGAGCAUCUAAAAAUAAUGCAGAUCGCAGUCUAAGUCCAUCGAGAUCAUCGUACAAUUCAUCAAAAAAAAAAAAUAAGAACAAAAAAGUAGUUACUGCUUAUUAUGAUGAUGGAAGUUCAAUUACAGAAUUUAGCGAUUCAAUAGAUGACAUUAAUGUUAAGGUAAAUCCAAAAGCAACUUAAUCUAAAUAUCAAACUUUGAUCGAGAGCGAAAGAAAAGGUUAGGAUACUGAAAUAUGCUAACUAAGUAGAGAGGAAAAUCUAAUGCUUACAACAAAGUUAGAAUCAGUCUCAAAAGAAAAACUAUUAAGAGAAUAUCGAGUUUUGUAUUAUAGAAGCAAGGAGGUUAGAAAAUUAUUAAGUGAGUAUUAUGAAUAAAAUUUGACACUUAGUGAUGAAUUAAAUGAAAUUAAAUAAUUGUUAAGUCAAAAAUAAACUCAAGUUAAAUAGUUGAAAAAAGAAUUAAAAUCUUAAACGAAAGAACUCAAAUUAAUAUAAGCUGAAUAUGGUAGUAAAUUAGAUUAACUUGGAAAAUCUUAAACAUAAUUAGACAAGAAUUCUGUUCCCCUCAAUGAUUAUGAAAUAAUGAAAGAAGAAAAUGAAAAACUCUUAGUUGAAAAUGAAUUGCUGAAGGAUGAUUAUAAAGAUAUAUAAUCAAAAUUAUAAUAAAUUGAAAAUGACAUUUAUUAAAAGAGAUAAUACGAACACUCUGAUCAAGAUGUAUCUCAAAGACUCUAAAGGGAAGUAGACACUCUAAAAGAUUAAAUAGAUAGAAUUAGAGAGGAAAAUAUAAAGCUGAAAUUAUAAUUAGACAAGGAAAUGCUCAAUAAUAGGGAAUAAGCUUAAUAAUUCAAUUUCAAGAGAAGUGAGGUAGAUGGAACUGUUGAAUUGAAAUAAUAAGAAUUGGCAUAGACUAAAAUGCAUUUGUAGUCUGCAAAUUAAAAAAUCUAAACAUUAGAAUCAUAACUUAAUUAGAUGAAAUACUAAAUAAUCGGAGAUUAAGAGUAAACAUUUUAAGUCUAAGAAAAGAUAUAGAGAUAAGAAGAAGAAUUGCGAAUUGCUAAUCUGAGAGUUGAGAACAGGGAUAAAGAACUCAAUGAAUACAAACAAAAAGAACUCAGUUUAAAGAAGAAAAUUAUAGAACUAGAACAAAAAGUCGAUAAUUCAUCCUCGACAUCUUAAACUUUUUAUGAUCCAAGUUUCUCUCUUAAUAAGUUAAAUAAUGCAGAAUCUUAUGUUAACUAAGAAUUGUAAGCAGAAAGAUAAUUUUUGAUAAAAACCUAAGAACAGUUACUAAAUAUCCAAGUCGAAAAUGAAUAAUUAAAGAACAACUUAAAAUAAUUAGAAUUAGAGUUAUCUUUUGAAAAAUAAACCAAUUAAUAAAUUAAGGUCAGAUUAGCAUAAUUAUAGGAUGAGAAGGAUAUUACUAUCUAAAGAGUUUAAAAGCAAUUUGAGGAAACUGAAAAUAAUAGAUAGAAAGAAGUACUUUUGGCUGAAUAAUCAUAAAAAAAUUAAGAAAAUAUGUUAUACAGUUAUUAAUAAAGAAUAAAUGAAGUAGAAAGCGAAUUGAGGAUAUUAACUAAGUAAGAGUAAGAAUUGAAAAAUUAAAUUAAUGAUCAAAGAAUAUAAAUAGAAAGACAAUAAUUAAAGAUUGAAUAGAACGAAAUAAAAAUUACUAAAUUUCAUGAUUAAAUUUAUGAAAUUGAAUCUGAAAAUUAGCAUUUAAAUGAAACCAAUAGAUAACUUAGAAUCCAACUUUAACAAUUAAAUAGGGAAGUUGAUUAAAUUGACAGGAUCAAGGAUAAUUAUAAAACUAGAUAUUUAAGUAAUAGACAUGAUAGUAAAAAAUCAGUGAAUAAAUAUCCAGAAAAAGAAAAUGUGAUGAAAUAAUCAUACACACAUGAUGUAGAGAGAAUGAAAAGUGAAAAGGAGUAGUUAGAAAGAUUAAAAUGUCAAGAAGAUUAAUAACGUAUGCAGAGAGAUAAAAAAGUCUAAGUCAUCAACGAUUUGCAAUAAAUGAUUAAAGUCAAUAAAAAGUAAAAUGAUAAAUGA